CCCUCCCACUCCGUGCACGGGAUCCUAAUCUGAGUUGAUCGUACUGGCCACUCCAGGGCGCCGGCAGCAGCGACAUGGUGCAGGGUAGGAUCUCCCGGGUCUCGGUCCACGACGUGCGCUUUCCCACGUCCCUCGGGGCCCACGGCUCAGAUGCUAUGCACACAGACCCUGACUACUCGGCUGCCUAUGUCAUCUUAGAGACUGAUGCAGAGGAUGGACUCAAGGGGCACGGAAUUACUUUCACUCUGGGAAAAGGCACUGAAAUUGUUGUCUGUGCUGUGAAUGCCCUGGCCCACCACGUGCUUAACAAGGACCUCAGAGACAUUGUUGGUGAUUUCAGAGGCUUCUACAGGCAGCUCACGAGUGAUGGGCAGCUCAGAUGGAUCGGCCCAGAGAAAGGGGUUGUGCAUCUGGCUACGGCAGCUGUUCUCAAUGCUGUGUGGGACCUGUGGGCCAAGCAGGAGAGAAAGCCUCUCUGGAAGUUACUUGUUGACAUGGAUCCCAGGAUGCUGCUAUCCUGCAUCGAUUUCAGGUACAUCACUGACGUCCUGACUGAAGAGGAAGCCUACGAAAUACUGCAGAAAGGUCAAGUUGGUAAAAAAGAGAGAGAAGAGCAAAUGCUAAUGCAUGGCUACCCUGCCUACACCACAUCGUGCGCCUGGCUGGGGUACUCAGAUGACAUGCUGCAGCAGCUCUGCACGGAGGCCCUGAAGAGCGGCUGGACCAGGUUUAAGGUAAAAGUUGGUGCCGAUCUCCAGGAUGACAUCCGUAGGUGCCGACUCAUCAGAGACAUAAUUGGACCUGAGAAGACUUUGAUGAUGGAUGCCAAUCAGCGCUGGGAUGUGCCCGAGGCAGUGGAGUGGAUGUCAAAGCUGGCUGAGUUCAAGCCACUGUGGAUUGAGGAGCCAACCUCCCCUGAUGACAUUCUGGGACACGCCACCAUCUCCAAGGCAUUGGCCCCAUUAGGAAUUGGCGUUGCCACAGGAGAACAGUGCCACAAUAGAGUGAUAUUUAAGCAGCUCCUACAGGCGAAAGCCCUGCAGUUUCUUCAGAUUGACAGCUGCAGGCUGGGAAGUGUCAACGAGAACCUCUCAGUAUUGCUGAUGGCCAAAAAGUUUGGAGUUCCUGUUUGCCCCCAUGCUGGUGGAGUCGGCCUCUGUGAAUUGGUGCAGCACCUGAUUAUAUUUGACUUCAUAUCAGUCUCCGCAAGCCUGACGAACAGGAUGUGCGAAUAUGUUGACCACCUGCACGAACAUUUCAAGUAUCCUGUGAUAAUCAAGAAUGCUUCUUACAUGCCUCCCAAGGAAGCUGGUUAUUCCACAGAAAUGAAGGAGGAAUCCGUAAAGAAACACCAAUAUCCAGAUGGUGAAGUCUGGAAGAAAUUCCUUGCUGCUCAAGGAAACUAAGUGUUCAACCCUCACACCCAUUUGUUUUUUUAAGUGAAAAGGCUUAAAAUUUCUUGGGUAUGGUUUUACAAAAAUUGGGAAAGAAAAUCAUCAUACCAAUGAAAACAAAUUCAGCAGAAAGUCACAUUAACCUCAGGAAUCUGCUCAGCAAUUAUUACUACUUCUUUUAGCAAAUAAACACACACUCUUUUACUUAAUCCUUAAGCAAAUUUAGAUUUAACUAACUUGAAAUCCAGGAAAAUGUUCUUACACGAUUUCUAUCAAAUGCUGGUACCCAGACAUUAAUUAAACUGUACUUUGAAAAUAAGAAGCAAGUUGCAUAAUUUGUUGGAAUGAUUCCUUAUUCUACUUAACACUUGUCAAAAAUUAGCAGAAUAAAAAUAGUUCUGCAGCACCGUGGGGUAUCUGGUAUGCAACAAAUAUACAAAGAUCCCCCUGAAGUGCUGCCACGUCUCUUUUCCAGCUCAGCCCACGCACCUUACAGAACUCACACCACACUAAAGCUCGUGAGGGCAAAGUGCUAUGUCACAGACUGUCUUUUAUAACCUUAAAAAAACCACUUAUCUGAAAUAAUUUUUACUAAUAAAAUGUAGCUAGAAUUAGAUAAAUCACAGAAAAAAUUUUAAAAUAUAGUUUAGUCAGCAUUGCUAAAACACAUGCUACUUUCUCAGCAGCAUCCAAACAAGAAUACAGCAUGUUUAUUUAGGAGGGCUCAAUUCUUCUGUUUUAGGCAGGAACUGUGCAGAAUGACAAUAGAGAAUUAAAAACAAAAACCCAGAUGAAUGCAGAACAAUUCUUUAUUAUAACAAUGUAUAAAACAAAUAAAAUCGUAUAUAUUGAUAACCACACCAACUAUACAUUAUGACUGAUGUUUAGUUUGCUCAAAUUUGAGGGAACAGCUUUAAUUCUUGAAAUCAUUAACCUUCAUACAAACAUGGGAUUGAAAUGCAUGUUCAUGUUUUUGUUAGGAGUGUGUACAUUUUUACUAUUCUCAUUUUAUUCAUAGUCUCAGCAUUUGCACGUACCCUCACUGGGUUGUUAACCGAACUCAAGGCCCUUUGUCACUAACAGAACCAGCACAGGUAUAUUUGCCAGUGGCACCAGUCUUAAUGAAUAACUGACAGGUUAGCAACUGAUCUUUCACCUAGUUUCUUCUUAC